AUGGAGACCUCGAUGUCGCCAUCCACCGAUUUGGUCAUGGCAACACCGGCCAGCAACGAUCUCCAGACAUGGCCCGAACCUGUGGAUACACCUGGCAUACUUCCACGUCAUCUAAUCAGAGACGCUUCUUCACGGGUUCCGUUGCUCGAGAUACUGCAUCGCUUGCUUUACCGUCUGCGGCCGAACACCCAUAGUGAUCUUGACAAAGUCUUGGCGGUGAUAGCGCUCUACAGCGCUGCCGUACCUGUUUACAAGUAUCUGAAAGAGUUUGCUAUAUGGGCUUUCACUGUUCAGAUCACUAUACCUGAGCACGAUCCUGCUGCCAAGGAUGUGCUUGCCUGGAUGAGCUCCGAGGUGAUCCAAAAUCGCCGGAGUAGGAGCGCUAUGAUUGUGACUGAAGGGUCGCAGCAGGAUGAGAUGAACCAUGGUCGUCGGCUUAUGAUAGGACCAUCAGGUCGGGUCGGCAACCGCAACAUGCAAGCAGUCGUGGACAACGAGGUAUCUUGCCUGCCUCCUAUCGGCACACGGAUUUUCUGGGUUGGCCUUCGUCCAUACCUGUUUGAUCGUGUAGGAGGCACAAAGGAGUCAAAAUUUUCUGGUCCCAAUGGAAGCAGCUCCCUCGACACCAGCGGUAGACUCCAGAACGCACUUGUCAUUACUACGCUGGGUUGGAAUCUAGAGCCCUUACGUAAUUUUGUGGUCAAAUGCCAUGCGUGGAAAAAGGCCAAUAUGACUGGUACAACGACAGUGUACUUCGCUGGAGGCAGCCAAUACGACUAUGGUGGUGGGCAGUGGCAGUCAGUAUCCAAGCCUGUCAGAAAACUUGAUACCAUCGACAUGGAGGACAGUGUCAAGUUGGACCUUGUUCGGGACGCCGAGUACUACUACAGCGAGCAAUCGAAACAAUUCUUCGCAGACUGUGGCAUUCCCUAUCGACGCGGGUAUCUUUUCCACGGUCCGCCUGGCACAGGGAAAACGUCCUUCAGCGCGGCUCUUGCAGGACAUCUUGGCUGCGAUAUCUACCACAUCAACCUAGCGGCUAACGAUAUUACCGACGGCAAGCUGCACAAUCUUUUCCUGGGUCUGCCGCAGAAGUGCGUAGUUGUUAUCGAAGACAUCGACUCGGCCGGAAUCGGUCGAGAAGUUACUCCGGAACUCAAGAGGGUGGCAGCGGAUGUAGAUCUUGCUGAACAGCUGAUGGGCGCGCAGUGGCGAGGAACAACUUCACAUCAUGCGCAGCACGGGCAGAAAGGCGGUAGCCUCAUUACCCUCAGCGGUCUACUCAACGCUAUCGACGGGAAUGCAUCUCAAGAAGGCCGGCUGCUCAUUCUGACCUCGAACAACCCCGAUGCCCUCGAUGCGGCGCUUACACGGCCAGGCCGCGUCGAUAAGAGGGUGUACUUUGGUAACAUGAGCAAGUCGGCUGGAAAGAGCAUCUUCAUGCGUCUGAUCGGCCGUUCAGCGCUUGCCCACGAUGCGGUCUUCUCGAUGGCAUACAUUGAGCAAUGCGCAGCAGAAUUCGCCGGGAAGGUGCCCGCACAUACUUUCACACCGGCGCAGGUCCAAAACUUCCUGCAAGGAUGCCGCGGCGACCCCAUCAAGGCACUCGCUGAGAUUGAUGCAUGGGUCGCGGACAACCGUCCCACCGCCGCUGGAACGUCAUCCAGUCCAGUAUCGAACGCGACGAUGGUGGAGGCUGAAGAGGGCGAAGUCGAGACCUUGUAG